UCAUGCCCAUGAGUUGAAAUAUGCAGUGUUGCUGUGUUCAGAAAGCAAUUGUUGAUGUGUUAUCACAAAACAGAAGUCCAGUUUGCUUGAAAACAAUAACAAGAUGGUUUCCAAAUACUGUUUUAUGUCUGUUUUAAUGCCAGAUCUAUAGAAUUCUGGAGAGUGAAGUGCUUGAACGUUCCUCUGGGAUUGAAAUACAGAUGUCUUUAGGAGCAGGAUAAGUACAGCUGUGCUUUUAAAAACUCAGUAUUUAUCUGGGAUUUUGAUCUGGGUUCUGUGAGAAGUGCCUUAAGACAAUUUGCCUUAAACAUUAAGUGAAAUACUUGCUGUACCUACGUUUUGUUAAAGGCAAUUACUCGUGAUUUCCAACUGUAGUGCUCGUUCACUUCUGACUCCCUAAGAAUGCUGCUGCCUCACUGUGUAGUAGCCAGAGGGUUGUGUUGGAGAUCUUCUACUGGGUUUGGACUAUUUUAGUUUAGAUUGUGAAGUUUCAAAAUGUUCUUCCCCAGCAUCCCAGAAGGUGUCCCCCAGCCCUGGGAAGUGACCCCUCCUUAGGUGAGAGAGAUGAUCCAGACUUGCUCCCAGUGUCCAUUUCAGUGGGAUUCAUGCCUGAACGUGGGCCUAAAGCUGUCCUGGUACAGCUCUGGCAGGCAACUAGGUGUCCCUUCCCUUCCAGAGACAUGGUGUCCCUUCCCUAGAGUCUUUAAUUUGGCUUCCUGCUUGCUAUUGUGCCCCUCUGCUCCCCCAGACUUGCCAAGAUGGACUUUGAUGAGCUGGUGACUCUCCUGUGAUGCCCCCUGAGAGCAUCCCAGCAGGGUGUUACUUGGGCUUCCCCCUUCCAUUACCUGUCUGUGUUCCUUUGUAGGUAUGCAUAGGAGCUUUUAGCAUUAACUCAACACCAGCAGUAUAAAAGCUGAAUGCUGGAAGCCCUGGUGCUUGAUGGGAGCUCCCAUGUAAUCUCCUUUUGUCCCCUCAGCUUCCUGUGGGAGAUGUGUGUGCCUUGCAGCAGCUGCAAGACUCUGCUGAGGAAGAAAUGUGAAACAAAGCAUCAGAGGUUGGGGUGGAGAUAAGGAGAGUGAGAGGAUAAAGAGGAGCUUGGCAUCUGAAAAAUCUGCUAAUCCAUUGUGGUGCUCCCAGCUUUCUCCUGUGACCUCUGGAGUCAGGAUUGCUGUGGGGGAUCAUGCCUUCUUCCAGGUGCUAGAACUAUAAUGUUGCAGUCAGCAAGUACAAGAGUACAGUCACAGCUUUUGUAUAACUGUGCCAAGCGUUGCUCUUCCAUGUCCUGCAAGAAACUUGCUGUCUCCUGACACCACAGUACUUGCACCUGAGACAAACCAGCAGAUCACAAAUCUGGAGUGAAAUCUCUGUGCAUGCUGUGUUUUCAAACCUGUGUUGUACUUUGAGUGGAUUGGAAUGGUCAUCUUUGGCUUUGAUUUGGUUUUCCUAUCAAUUUUCCUCCCCAUCCUGUGGGCAAAGCUUCUCUGAGACAAUUUUUUUUUAUCAUGCAUGAAAGAAGUAUCUCCUUUUCAAUGUGACUGUGAUCAAAGUUAUUUUGUCCUGUUUAUGGAAGAGCAAAUUUAGGGAAGUGUUCUCCUCCAACACAGGCUGAGUACAAUGUGUACAAUAACCUGCAUCCCUAGCUGAUGGGAAGGGCUUGCUCAAGCAUUAUUCACCAGAGGGGAAAGUGUGCAAAGGUCUCAUGCAUUUUAAAUCAGUUUAAUGUCAGCUGAGAUCAAACCCACAAAAAUCGAUUGGCUUAAGUACAGGAUUACCACAGAAUAUCACAGUCAACUUGAGGUUUUGCUUGUGUCUUAAAUGAAUGUUUCCUCCUUCACUCCUUCUGAAUUUCUUCUCAUUUUAACCCUGAAUGUAUACCUGGAUUUGUGGGUAACAGCAAUAUCUAUGAAGUCACUUGUUCCUAUGGUUAAUUGCUGCCUUAACUUGAUUGUAUUUUAUGACCCCUGUUCAGUCUUUAUGAAACCUGGUCCAAGUUUGUUGCAUUGCAAUAGCUGAGAGAAAUGGUAGUUAGGAACUGAAAUUUGUUCACUUGUGUCUUGUAAAGAUUAUCAAGUUCUGUGUAUAGAUAUCCCAUCUCAUGCUUUUAUUAUUCAUAUUUCUGGGUGAAGGAUUUCUCAGACAAUUUAACCUAAAAUGUAGGGAUUAGAUUUGUGAGUGCUUCUAGGGACAGGAGAAAUGUCCAGAGGGGAGCGCUAAGCCCUGUGACAUGUGACAUAUCAAAGGCAGCCUGGAGGGUGUCUCUGCGGAGUAGUACAUUUCAGAAUGAAAGGAAAAGGGGAAUGUAAGUCAGCCUCAGGGAAUGCUGAGCUCCGGAGCUGGUGAUCAGUAAAACAGAGAAGAUGAAUGAACCAUGCUACAAAGAAGUCCAGCAUUUCUAUACAUCUGACCUCAAGAAACCUUUGCAGAAGAAAAUUAAUGCUUGGCCACAGGCUGGAAAGAGCAGCAGCAGGUCUGAAGUUUCUUUUCCUUGCCCACAUGUGUGUGUUUGCCUCUUCUUGUUUUGCCUGCUGAGCACUCUUGCUGGGAGCUCUCCUCCGUGUCUGGAUUAUGGGCCGCCUUUCCAGGCCCCUUUGUCCUUGGAGUUCUGCUCUGCCUAUAAAAACCUUAACUUUGGUUGCUGUGACCAGGAGAGAGGAGCAAAAUACUAGGACAUCAUGGAUUACAUGGAUCCACAGGGGCAUAAACUGUGUGGAACGUACAUCAAAGAUAUCCUGUGUCAGGUAAGAAAGAAAAAUAAUAACUUCUUGAGAAAAUCUCUCAGAUGCCCUCAUCUGCCUUUCUGUUUUCCAAAGAGAGCUCCACCAGGGAAGUGUAAAUAUAAGCCUGUUCCAGUGAAAACAAAGAGUAAGUGGAUACCAUUUCUUCCAUGUGCAAUGACUGUCCUUGAGCUGCUAAACAAACCUUCAACAACCACGCCUCCAAAAAAAUCAUCUACCACUGCAGCCACCCCAAAAGUUUCUUCUAAGAAAGCAAAAAAGACCCCAUCCACCAAAAUAAAACCGUCAACAGCAAAAACAGAUCCAUCUGGUAAAGAGAGAAAGAGAGUCAAAGCUGAGGCUAAACCUCACAAAGGAAAGAAGAGUGGACAUGACUCCAGAACUGCACCAGCACCACCUUUGCCAAAAAAGAAGAGCCCCCACCUAGCCAGAACAAGGGUUCUUCCAAAGAAAGCAGCUCUAGAUAAGGGAAAAGUGGAGAAGAGGAGGAAGAAGCAGCUUUUGAAGCUCAGUGAUGUCCCAGAAAAAGCAAGUAGCCUAUGAAAUGAUGAAACAAAAGUGUUGAAUAGUGACCAAAAAAAAGAGAUUUUGGCUGAUGUGUUAUCCAGUGCUCCCAGGCUUGCCCCUAUUAAUGGCAGUGUUAGCAAUCUCUGUGUAUGUUCUAUUAAACAUAUUAAACUUUAACAGCACCCGCUUCCAAA